UAUUGGGAGAAAUUUCUCGAGGCACAUUCAUCAUUGAUUCAAGAAACGGACAUAGAAAAGCAUGAUAAAAUCCCGUAUUUAGCCAAUGAGGAAUUUGACAUAAUCGAAGAACUUUAUUUAUGUAUCAAAGGCGAUUUGAAAGAUAUGCUGGAAAAGUUAACGCCGACAACGGUAUCGCAAUCUUCGCGUAGUUCUCCUCAACAUCCCUCGCACUCGAAUUUAAGCUGUGCAAAGUUACCAAAAAUAGAACUUCCAAAAUUUUCGGGGAAAUAUGAAGAAUGGGCUAAUUACGACGAUUUAUUUUCAUCGCUUGUAGACAACGACAAUUCACUGAGCAAAGUGCAAAAACUACACUAUUUGAAAGCGAGUGUCACUGGUGAGGCUGAGGCAUUAUUAAGGCAUAUUCAGGUGACUGAAGCUAAUUAUGAUCAAGCACGAGAAAUUCUUAAGAAUCGUUACGCGAAUAAACGCCUAGUUGUGAAUUCUUUACUCAAACGUUUAUUUGGACAAAAGAAAUGUGCUAGUCAGACUGCAACUCAAAUCAAGAUGCUUCUAGACACUACCGAAAAAUGUUUGAAUGGCCUUAUAAAUGAAGGAAUAUCUACUACUUCGUGGGAUCCAGUUAUUAUUCAUCAUGUGGUGCAAAAAUUAGAUUUCGAGAGUCAUAAGUCAUGGGAAGAACACGCUUAUAAAUUGAAACCUAAUGAAUUACCUAGUUGGCGUGACUUGAAACAAUUCCUAGAAGGGAAAUUUAGAACACUGGAGCUGGUUACUAACACAAACAAUCCGAUAACUUCCAUCACAAGAGAGAAGACUCAAGCAUUCAAGGGCAAGUCAUUUCACGUAACGGCCGCAGCAACAUCUUCGGUCCAGACCUGUAUUAACUGUAAUGAAGACCAUACCUUAAGUCACUGCAAGGUAUUUGGUAAACUGCAGCCGCGGGAAAGAAGUGAAUUUGUAAGAAACAAAAACCUAUGCUUCAAUUGUUUAGCUGAAGGUCAUUCAGCAUGGAAAUGUCGUUUGCCAGUUACCUGUCGUAUCUGUAAGAGAAAACACCACACUUUGCUUCACGAAAAGAGGGAAUCCCAAACUGCAGACAAUGUACAAACUCACCACAGCCAACUUGAUGACACAAAAGAUGAACAACAGGAAGACGAAGAAACAAACGACGCAAUAGCAACUCAUUUCACAGCGAAGAAGUCUACAGCUUUGCUCGCUACCGCAUUGGUCCCUGUAAGAGAUGAGAAAGGAUACGUAACAAUAUUGCGCGCGUUAGUAGAUCCGGGAUCCCAAGCUAAUUUCAUUAGCGAAAGAGCAACUCAAACAUUAAAAGUAAAGAGAAAAUCGGCUAAGGGAAACAUCACAGGUGUGGGUUCAACCAAGACUACAGUUAAGCACGUGGUACAGCUGGAACUUUUAUUCAAUCAUGAUGAUACGUUCAAGCUCGGUAUGAAAGCCUAUGUUAUGGCCACACAAUUGACCACACACCUGCCAACAAAGACUAUUAAGAUACCAUCAAACAAUUGGACACAUUUACGAGGACUCACCUUAGCUGAUCCCAAUUUUAAUGAAGUAGGAAGAAUCGACCUUCUUCUUGGUGUUGAAGUUUGUUCCCAAAUUUUGAAGAAUGAAUUAAUCAAAGGUCCCCUAGGUUCACCAUGCGCUCAAAACACACACCUUGGUUGGAUCUUAUUUGGAGCAAUACAAGACACAUCUUCCUCUGAAGAAAUAAUUGUCAUGCAUCAUCAGCUAGACAUAGACAACAUGCUGAAGAGCUUUUGGGAAAUAGAGCCUGACACAAAGAAGAAAUAUACAAAGGAGGAAGAGAGAUGUGAACGUCUAUUUGAAGAAACAUAUAGUAGACAAGAAGAAGGGAGAUACGUGGUAAAAUUACCAUUUAAGACUGAUAAUCCUCAAUGUCGAAACGGAAACACUAGAGAGAUAGCUAUUAGAAGAUUAGAACAAAUAGAAAGAAGAUUUAGGAAGGACAAAUUAUUGAAGGAAGAAUACACAAAAGUAUUUGAAGAAUAUAAAACAUUAAAUCAUCUAGAAGAAGUUCCGGAAAAUGAAAAGAACAAUCCAGCAGUAUAUCUUCCUCACCACGCAGUGAUAAAACUAGAUAGGGAUACGUCUAAGGUCCGUAUAGUGUUUGAUGCAUCAUCAAAAGGUUCAAAUCACGUAUCUCUUAACGAUGAACUGAUGGUUGGACCACAAAUACAGGAAGAUAUGAGAUCGCUUAUUAUAAGGUGGAGAAUGAAACGAGUUUGUUUUACGGCAGAUGUCCAAAUGAUGUAUAGGCAAAUUUUAGUAACAAAAGAAGACGCAGACUUUCAACGCAUCCUCUGGCGAGACUCCACUGGAACAAUAAAAGACUAUCGCCUUUUAAGAAUUACUUUCGGCACAGCUUGUGCUCCUUACUUGGCGGUGAAGACGCUCCAACAAAUCGCAAAAGAUGAAGGCAAGGAACAUCCAGUGGCAGCAAAAACGAUCCACGAAGACUUUUAUAUGGAUGACCUAAUGUCUGGAUCAGAUACUGUAUCUGAAGCUUUAGACACAGCGAUGAAUAUAGCUGAAAUUCUUAAAAGAGGAGGUAUGAAUCUACAAAAAUGGACAUCUAAUAGCUCAGAAUUUCUUAAACAGAUUAAGCCGUCUAACAGAAGUAUAAAAGUAAAACUAGAUAUCAAGUUAGAUGGGAUGACUAAAGCACUUGGAGUUUCCUGGAAUAUGGGGGAAGACGUGUUUCAGUAUCAUUUUCAGUUGCCUUAUUUAGAAAAAGUCAUAAAUAAAAGAUCUAUAUUAGCAGAGAUCCAACACCUUUUCGAUCCGCUCGGUUGGCUGGCCCCUGCAUUGCUUCCUGCAAAAAUAUUAAUACAAAAGUUAUGGUUAAAAGGAGUCGGCUGGGAUGAUGAUCUCGAUUCUGAAACAAAAGAGGAAUGGAUUAAUAUAAGAAAUAGUUAUGAACACCUAAAACAAAUAAAAUUAAAGAGAUGGAUGAACACUACUCAAGACAAUUUAAAUGAAGUCACUGUGCAUGGGUAUUGCGAUGCGUCUAAUAAAGCUUAUGGAGCAGUUGCUUACCUUAGAGCCCGAACUAAUGAUGGAAAUUUUAAGAUAAGCCUCAUCGCUGCUCGAACAAGAGUUGCGCCAGUUAAGCCAGUAUCUUUACCGAGGCUGGAGUUGCGUGGUGCAGUUCUUUUAUCGCAAUUGCUGAAACAAAUUAGUGAAGCUGCUCGAAUUCCUAAAGAUCAGUUUUUUGCAUGGACUGACUCCACGAUAGUUUUAGCAUGGUUGGAAGGAGAUCCGAUUCGAUGGCAAACUUUCGUCAGAAAUAGAGUGAUUACAAUUUUAGACAACAUUGGAAACAAAUGGUAUCAUGUCCGAACUGAUGAGAAUCCCGCUGACCUGGCUUCUAGAGGUUUAUUACUACCUGAUUUACAAAACAAUCUAUUGUGGUGGCAGGGACCAAACUGGCUGAAGAAUGAAGAGCUACCUGUGAAGAAAAUGAACAACUUAAUAACAGAAUUAGAGAUAAGAAGAGAUAUAUUAGUAAAUACUAAAGUACAAGAUAAUUAUAUAGAAGAUGAUAAAGAUAAUAAAGAAUUUUUACUUACCAAAUUUGAAGAUUUUGACACGUUGAAAGAACUGUUAAAAACAAUAACUUAUUGCAAAAGAUUUCUGAAAUAUAAAAGUUAUGGAGUUAAAACUUUAGAUGUACCUAUAACAACGGAAGAGUUGGAAAGCGCACUCGAUGUGUGCAUAAGAAUUGUACAGAAAAAGGAUUUUGAAGAAGAAAUGGUUGAUCUAAGGAAAAGAGGCAGGGUUAAAAGGAGAAGCAAUCUUAAAUCCUUACAUCCUUUCAUUGACGCAAAUAAUAUUCUCAGGGUGGGCGGUAGGAUUCGCCAUGCUAAUUUGAAUAACUCGAAGAAGAACCCUAUAAUAUUAAGUGCAAAGAAUCCUUUAACAUUACUUCUUGUGGCAGAUGCUCAUGUAAAGACAUUACACGGCGGAAUUCAAUUAAUGUUGACAUUUCUGAGGGAAAGGUACUGGAUUAUCAAUGCUAAAAGAACAGUAAAAUCCUGCAUUCAUCGAUGUUUAAUUUGUGCCAAACAGAGUGCUGCUACUAGAACACAACUCAUGGGUGAUCUACCGAAAGAACGUGUGACUCCAGCUAGACCCUUCUGUAAUAGUGGCGUUGAUUUUGCCGGUCCUUAUCAGGUACUAAUGUCAAAAGGUCGAGGUGCAAAAACCAGCAAGAGUUACAUUUCAAUUUUUAUAUGCAUGGCUACGAAAGCUAUUCACCUAGAACUUGUAGGUGAUUUAACAUCAGAAGCCUUUAUAGGAGCUUUUAAGAGAUUUGUAGCAAGAAGAGGCAAAUGUACCAACCUGUGGAGUGAUCAGGGACGUAAUUUCAUCGGCGCCAACAAAGAAUUAGCACUGGAAUGGAAAGAAGCUAAAUUAGAGUUUGAAGGAGAAAUUUCAGAAAAACUUGCAUUGGACGGCACUCAGUGGCACUUCAUCCCGGCGCAUAGUCCCACCUUUGGCGGACUUUGGGAAGCAGGCGUCAAGUCUCUGAAAUAUCACCUGAAAAGGAUACUUAAUACCCACCUGACUUUCGAAGAACUGAGUACAAUUUUAUGUCAGGUGGAGGCUUGUUUAAAUUCGAGACCACUGUGCCCAGUUGAUGAUACAAAUCCAGAUAGUUUUGAAAUUCUUACCCCUGGACAUUUCUUGAUUGGUGAGGCCCCUAUAGUAGUACCGUCUCGCCAGAAAAAUUUCUCUUCUAUGAGUCAUUUAUCCAGAUGGCGUUAUACGCAGAAAUUACUUAAUGAGUUUUGGACCAGAUGGCAAGAUGAGUAUUUGUCUCGACUUCAACAAAGACCCAAAUGGUUAAGAAAGGUAGACGAGUUUAAAAUCGGUCAAAUAGUUCUCAUCAAAACUGAUGGGCUGCCUCCUGGUAAAUGGCUACUUGGACGAGUAACGGAGAAACAUCCCGGAACUGACGGUAUAACCAGGGUUUACAGUGUUAAAAGCGGUGAUAAAAUUGUGAAAAGACCUAUCACCAAGUUAUGUCUAUUGCCUAUUGAUAGUGAAUAAUGAACUUUGUUUAUUUCAUAGAAUUAUUUUCAUAUUUAGUUUCAUUUAACGAAAGGGCUAAGUUAAUUUCAUUAUUUAGUAUAUGGCAUGUAGGUUUUACUUAUAAAUUGUUAUAAGAAAGUUAAAUAAUUAAUAUUUAGUUUUAUAUGCUUUUUGUUUAAAGUUUAUUAUAGCUGUUAGGUACUUAAUGCAAAUGUUCAUUCUAAGAAUAACAUGUUCUUUCAUUAUUUUUGUUAUUUAAAGGCCUGUAACAGCCCUUUGGCGGGCGGAAUGUUCGAUGUUCAAAUGCAUUGUCCAAUUGAUAGGAGCUGUCAUUAUGUGAAUCAGUUGCAAAUAAACAAUCAUCCCGUCUACACGUUGGUUUUCCUUUAAAGAGUAGUACAAACCAUAGUAACCCUUAUUCAACCGUACAACAAGAUUCGAGCUUUCGUUCUAUUAAAUAGACAAGAUCUCGAUCAUUCGACGCAUACGUUGUGCGGCAUCAUGUCCGUCGGUAUAUAAAGCCUCGUAUGGCUUUGAUUGAUGCGUCUGACGACUACGGGCGACGGGCGACGGAGCUAAUUCCGGCAUGCCGCCCUAAGUGCUCCGGUCGGGACUGUCACA